GACAUAGGACGGAGUGAAAUGUGGAACCGUCUCGAUCAAGCCAAGAAAAAGCGCCUCGAUCGAGGAAAAUGAAAAAAGUGAGGCCGAUAUAAGAAGACCCACAAAAGAGAAGAAACGCGAAGACACGCCGUGUUUGUGCGGGAGGAAGAAGAGCACGAGAAGGAGGAAAAGAGAGAAAAACGCGUUGGCGCUAAAGCGAGAGCGAGAGGAAAAUAUGUUCCGAUGGUGUGCGUGAUGUCAGGAGAAACACUGUGCGUGAGUGAGUGAGGCGUAUGUCCGAAGGAAUUUUUGACCCCCUCCCCCGCUCGCUCCUUCUCUUCUUUCGCUUCGUUCUCUUUCGCCGUUCGCAUCGGCAACAUAAUUUCGGAACGGCUUUUUCCUCUUUCUUUGCUUCACCGUCAUCGAGCUCGCAGCAUCUUGUAUCUUCGUUGAUCAGAGGAGGAGGGGUGCGUUGGUUCCACAUAAUCCAGCCCGCAAGCCAAGCAACCGACCCCGCGACCGACGACGACGACGACGACGACCGCGCUUAAGCCUGUUGCCGCCGCCAGCGCUGUUGUUGGUGCUGGAUUGUCGCGAGAUUUAAACCGAAUUGCCUUCGGGGGCUAGGAGAAAUAUUAAAUUUUUGGUCCGGUUUUGCAACCAAUUUAGUUCAUAACACUCGUGCCGCCGCUGGCCCUGUUAAGUAUCGCGCAGCUACUACUGCGUGUGUGUGUGCAACAAGUUCGAGAAAUUAAUCGCACGCCACAUUGAAAACGAUCAACCACGCGUCACUGAUUCUUCGAGAGGAGAUCGCCACCAAAUCAAACCGAGACCCAAACCGAGAAGACGGCGGCCACCACAAUCGACAUCAUCUCCGCAUCGUCUCCCCGCAAACGCGAAGCGUGAGCGAAAAGCGAUCUCAUGUAUCAGCGUCGGUGGUAUCGGUUACUAAACGCCUCCAGCGUAAACCUUUGACGAUGCUGGAAAGAACGUUCCACCCGUUGUUGUUGUAUGGUUUCAUCGGAUAGCACACUGCGCGACCGCGACGAGUACACAAACCGAGUGCUAGAAUGCCGGUGGACGGGUAGCAGCGCCGCAGAGGAACGUUUUCUUUAUUUUCAUAAUAGCCACGGAUGAUGGGUGGCAUCGCGCCAGUACGGGAAGAAAGGGCUUCCGAAACAUCUACACGAUUGCCUAGUGCCUAGUGAAUGCCUAGUGCUACCACCGUCAUCCAGCAUCAGCGUACCGCAAACACCUUGGUGAAACGAACCAGGUAACCGCCAGGGAACCGAUGUGCAAUGUGAUUCGCGUCCGUGAUAAAACAGUGUGACCCGGUGUCUUUUGUUGGUCGUUUAUUGUAAAAUAUGUGAAAUAUGUGUAUGUUGUGGGUGUAAAUGUAUUACAAAACUAGUGUGCCUCACUCUUCUAGUUUCAAUCUGCUGCGAAAAUACCAGUGUCCACAUGAUACCCAGUCGAUUUGUGAAUCGAAUCCAGACCAGUGUCGUGAAUAGAGGGAAUGUAGCAACCCUUGAACAAACCAGAAAGAGAGAAAGAGAGCGUAGUCGGUGUGGAGUACUUACAACAAUCUAGUUCUUAGUUUAAGUACGCGUUAUUACCUUUUGUGACCAUCGUCCUCGCUCAAAACAUCGCAUCAAGAACGCGCGUGCUCCUUAUGGCCUGUACUGUGGCGGUGCGUUAACGGUCAUACUUGCCAGUAACAACAACGAGAGAAAAAAGACGAGAACUGCCUUCGAGAGGAAUGAGACUACACCCGGACGCAGCGGGCCACUAACUUUAAUUGAAGCAUCACAUUGAAUUGUCGAAAUCGUAAAAUAGAAACUUAGCCAGUAACAUAUCCAACUGACGCCAUCAUCGAACGCGCGUCCUAGUCCUUAGAGUGUCAGCUGCCGUACCUACCGUCGACAACGAUCUAUAGCGGUGCACACACACCCGGUACUACGGCGACAAAGCGAACAGACGACAGUGCGAAAGCGAAAGGAUUAUCGAUGAGUCUGCAGUAUCGCCACGAGAAGAUUGAUGACUUUACCUGUAGUGGACCCAGACCACCCGUUCCCGGAGAGGAAAGCCGUCGGAAGAUGACGGAAACGGGACGCCCGGAUAGGAGCCGGGACUCGCCUCCCUCGUACGUUCGAUGGGCCCAGAAACUUUCGCACCUGUUAGAAGAUGUGGACGGUGCGGAACUGUUUAAGCGCUACGUCGAGCUCGAGGGAGAGGUGCCGGCAAAUCGGCUUAAGUUUUACUUCGCAUGUGAAGGACUCAAGCAGCAGACGGAUCCCGAAAGGAUCACGCAGCUAAUCGGUGCCAUCUACCGGCGCUUCUUGAAGAAAGCCAAACCGGGCACCGAGCUGUACGUGAACGAAUCGAUGCGCAAUUACAUUAAGGCGGGUCUGAAGAAUGACCUCAUCCUUACCGCGGAUCUUUUCGAUAACAUGCAGACGAGCGUGAUGAACAUAAUCGGGGAGACGACCUAUCCGCACUUUCUGCAGUCCGAUAUCUAUCUGCAGUACGUGCAGGCGAUGCAAAGCUUGAGCAGCAGUAGCAGUGUAAUUGGAAUCGGUAGUACCAGCUCCACCGGUGCGUUAGCAGCUGGUCACGCGACCGGCAUUGCCUCCGCUGCCUUCAUUCCCAGUGAAGAUACAGGAGCGGCAGCAGUAGCAGUGGCCACGGCUGGGCCAUCGGCAAAUGCAGAACCAAGUACUUCUCCUGUUACAACCUCCUCCGAGGCAGCUGCUGCCACCGACGGUGAAACUGAUGGUCAAGCAGCUUCCGUCGGCAGUUGUGGAGGACCUUCAGUGACGGGUGCUGUUGGUGGUCAAGCGCCUUCUUCCUCUUCCGUCGCGGCGAUGAUGGUGACGAGUUCGCUGACAAGCAGCAGCUCCACCUCGGAACUGCUAUCGCACUGCUCAUACGCACUGCCAACGCUUCACGAGGAUUCGGAACUAGUCAAUGCCGAUUCGAUCGAAGAGCUGUACGGUGCCGUGGGCCCCGGUUUGGACAGUAUUCCCUUGAUACCUCCACCGCUCAGUCAACGCAGUCAAUCUCCAACUCAGCAAGCCUCCUCGAACACCUCCAAGGUUCCGAUGACCCUGACGAAGGAUGCGCUGAUGGCCACGCAGAAGCGACGACUCGAGAUGAGGCCACCUGGAGCCCGCGGUUACUCCGUGUACACCGCCUAUGCACCCUACAAUCCGGUAUCGCGGCGCGACUCAGAACUGGCCAGUCUGAGUUCCGGUCGUACCGAUUCCGACACGAUGUCCCUGUCGAGCAUCUCCACCGAUGGACGGCCACACUCCCUGCGGAAGCAACACCACCAUCACCAUUCGUCCAUGGAGCGAAGAAUGAUGCGUGAAAAUGCGCUGACCAACGAAGAAGUCGAUACCUUUUCGAUCAUUCCUCGUACACUGCGGCACACCCAGAAACCACUUCCACCGAUGGAGUUCGCCAAGAUCCUAAUGACCAAGCUAGAUGCGGUGGCCCGUGAGCAGGAGAAAGAUGAGCUGCUCUGUAAAAAGCUACAGGAGGCCGAGCUAUCUGAUCGAUCGCAGAAUAAAGUGCUGGCCGAUGCCAUCCGGCAGAAGCUACAGGUAGACGAUGACAACGAUCAGGACAUUCUUGAUCAGCACGUGUCGCGCGUAUGGUCCGAUUUGACACCGAGCCGAUCACCGGGUACGAUGUCUCCCUGUCCACCGAACCUCCACUCACGCUCACGGCGCCACGAUCUGGUUGGAUUCAUACAAUCGUCUGGAUCUACGCAUGUUACGAUGCGCCACUCGAAAUCCAUGCCUGAUGGUCACACGUUGAUGGGACCACCAUUGCAAGCGGCCACGGUAACGGCUCCCUCGCGGAAGCUUAAUCACAAAUGGCCUUCAGUUAACACGGACAGCGGUAUCAGCCUGUUCUCGACCGACACACUGACGAAGCACAGCAGCAGCGGUGGUAGCAGUGGCAGUCGAGGCGAAUUGAGCUUCGGCAGCAACUCUCGCCCACUAUCCCGCAAUAUGCAUGCGGACAUGCAAACGGCUACGUUGUUACAGGAAUCGAGUCGUCGAUUGGAGGACGAAACGCGACGAUCGAAGCGCUAUCAGCAUCCGCUGCCGGGAAGUGGAAUUCAGAGUAUGCCGUUGCCACCACCACCGGCGAUGUCGAUGUCAUUCUCCGGCACCUCGGCAUCGGGUGGGCUUAACUUUGGUAUGCCGAGCAUGAUGCCACCGCCACCAAUACCGGCAAAACCGCAUCAGGCACCGAAUGAGUUCACAAUCGUCGUGUACUCGUUCUGCGACGAAGAGGUACCAUAUCGGAUAAAGAUUCCUGGCACGCAACCACCAACCUUGCGUCAGUUUAAGGACUAUCUUCCCAAGAAGGGUAACUACCGGUUUUUCUUUAAAACGCGCUGCGAGGAUCUUGACAAUCCGGUCAUUCAGGAGGAGGUCAACAGCGAUAGUGAGCCGUUGCCACUGUUCGAGGGCAAGGUGAUGGGUACGGUAAAACCUGCGGAAUAGGAGAUGUAAUGGUAGGGAACAACUUUUACGUGAUCAUAGCAGCAGCAGAAGAAGUAUGGAACAGAAACAAUAAUGUGGCUUCCGAUAGUACAUGUAACGUGCAUAAAGAGGGAAGGAAAUAUGGCGGAAGGAUUUUCGGUGAACGAGAUACCACCAGUGCCUUGAUGAGCAAUUCCUUGAUAGUAUCCUCCCUUUAAAUCACUUUCUAUCACGGAAAGGAUAAGUUGACGACAAACAUACACACAACACUCACACGAAGAGUUUUAAACUAAUCAUCGAGGCGAGUAAUGCAAUAGGCGGCAAUACGAACGGGACGGGACGCAUCUCGAUAUGCGUUCCGUUUCAAUGUUGAAGGCGACGAAUGAAUAGUGCCGAGAAAGGUGGAGCAAAAGAGAUCAAAUCAAAAGAAUCAGUAUUUUAUCAGUUACUGCGCUUCUGUUGCCUCCUCGUGGUCAAUUAUACUGGACCAUUGUCUGUGUUUUGAGUGUUUGUGUACGCAUUUUGGUAGGAAAUUUACUUUAUUUAAACUCGGCGUAAAGUAGCAAACUAUCUUCUCUUCCAAAACUACACUAUCUUUCCUGUUCCUAUCAGUUCUUCCAAGACGUGGGGUGUUGAAACUGACCACCGUAAAAAAGCAGCAUGAGCAAUCAGAAGCGCGCCGCAGCGAACAAACUUAACUGUGCAUCGUGUCAUUUCGUUUUAAAUAUUUUUUGUGAAACCCUGUUGAUUGAACGACAAAAAUUGUAGCUAUAUAUACAUAUAUUUAAUAUAGAUUCUUAUUUACGCCCUUUUAUACCUCCGUAUCUCUGACUGCCCCAUGCCGUUGGGUUAGUUUAGGUGUUGAGAAUUUGUAAAUAUAAAUCCAUGCGUACAGCAGGCAGCCAAGCUCGCCGGAACGCUCUGAGCGGGGUGAGCAUUGGUACUCCUCAGAGCAGCCGGUGAGCAGUCAGCGUCAUCAAUCGUAUCGAAGCGACGAUUAUCUAGAGCGAUUUAUACAUACACAGGCUUAUUGAUAAGCUAUACACUUAUUACAGAGGAACUGGGAAGUCAAUGCUUAGUAAAACAAGAAAUAUAAUU